AUGUCGACGACCACGACGAUAACCAGAGAGGAGACACAGGUUCAAUAUGACCCGACCGUCCCUCGCGGUCCCAUCGAGACAGAGCUGACCUUCUACGUUCCACCCUCUGACGGCUCUGUGCCCUUCAACUAUGUUGAGUCUCCCCCCGCCGGCCAACCGCAGCGCAACUACAACGAGUCCAAGCACCGAGUCACUGUGGACGACAUUCGCGGCCAUGAGAGCGAGUACACCCUGGACCGCGAUGCGUUCCAAGUGUUCAGUGGCGUGUCCUCGGCUACCAGCUACGAAACUUUCGACAAUGACGACGAUGUCAAACGCACGUAUUACCCGGAAGUCGAACAGUUUCUGAUCGACAACGUGCCAGGCGUGCACAAAGUCAUUCUCUUCGACCACACGAUACGUCGCGAAAAAAAUGUAGCCGCCAGCCGCGGGCCCGUGAACAGAGCGCAUUCGGAUCAGACCGACCGAGCGACCGAGUGGCGAGUGCGGUUGCAUGUGGAAGACCCCGACGAGGCUGAACGGUUGCUCAAGGGUCGCUAUCGCAUCAUUAAUGUCUGGCGUCCACUGAACGGCAGUGUGCAAUCAUCUCCGUUGGCAGUUGCAUCGGCUGCCUCGGUCAAGGACACUGAUCUAGUCGCGGUCCAGCAUCGCUAUCCCACACGUACCGGCGAGACGGUGGGGGUCAUCUACAACCCAGACCUGAAAUGGAAAUACUGGUCGGGUAUGGAUAAUGACGAGAGACUCUUGUUGAAAUGCUCAGACAGCCAGCCCGACGUGGGAAAGCGGUGUCCACAUACCGCGUUUGUCGACUCAAGGACGCCUCAGAACGCAAAGCCGAGAGAGAGCAUCGAGACAGACCACCGAGAUCUGGAAGCACACUGCCACACUAUCAUCAAAUCCGGUGAUAGGGAUGAGCGCACCCGUUUUCAAAACGAAUUGACGUGGGAACUAGCUCGGCAUUCUGUCGCAGAAGAGCUGGUCCUAUGCCCUGCUCUCGAGAGGUACCUAGGCGAAGGGUCAGUAGUUGCUAAAAAGAUUCGCGAGCAGCAUCAGAGCAUCAAAAACCAGCUGAAAACGUUCCAAACCAUGAAGCAAUCCGAUCCUAGGUUCGAUGACCAUCUCAGGGCUCUGAUGAAAGACUUUGAUAAUCACAUCAAAGAUGAGGAAACGAACGACCUGCCCAAGCUGGAGAACGCACUGGCGGGAUCGGAGAGCCGAACGCUGGCCAAGGAGUUUGAACGAGCCAAGAUGUUUGUUCCAUCGCGAUCACAUCCGGCGGCGCCGAACAAACCGCCGUUUGAAACGAUCACUGGGCUCCUGACUGCGCCGAUUGAUCACUUGGGAGAUAUCUUUCGCAAGUUUCCCACGGAGACGAGGACACCAAAUCCAUCGGCGCAGGGCGGUCCCACCUAG